UGUACAUUUAAGCAACUGGUGUGCAACACUUAUUGUAGUUUAUGCUACAACAAAACUAGUUUAUUUUCUGUGGGCUACCUUUUUCUUAUUUUUAUGUGUGUGUGACUAGGGUUUCAGAUUUUAACUUGCCUUAAUAUGGUUUGGUUUUUAUCAUGAAUAGUGAUGGUGCAGCUGCAUUAGUCCUAGUGAGUGGAGAGAAGGCACUUCAACUUGGAUUGCAAGUAAUUGCAAAGAUUAAGGGCUUUGCUGAUGCAGCUCAGGCACCUGAAUUCUUUACAACUGCUCCAGCCCUUGUGAUACCAAAAGCUAUUUCAAAUGUUGGUUUAGAUGCUUCUCAGAUUGAUUACUAUGAAAUAAAUGAAGCGUUUUCUGUUGUAGCUCUAGCCAAUCAAAAGCUGCUUGGUCUUAAUCCUGAAAGCCUUAACGUACAUGUUAGGGCUGUAUCAUUGGGACACCCAUUAGGAUACAGUGGAGCUCGUAUCUUGGUCACAUUAUUCUUGUGCAUUAUUACAUUUGAUUCUUCUUACCGUGUUACUGUUAUUCUUGUUGUUCAUGAGGAAUUUGGUAUUCUUGAAGGUUUAAUGACAACUAUUCAUGCAACUACAGCAACACAGAAGACUGUUGAUGGCCCAUCAAUGAAGGAUUGGAGAGGAGGCCGUGGAGCUAGACAAAAUAUCAUUCCUAGUUCUACUAGUGCUGCAAAGAUGUGA